ACAAAAACUGUCUUUCGUGCAGCCUCUGAUCAGUCUCAACCGUUUCCAGGUAACCAUCAAUACGACCUCUCGCCCCUCCACCGACAGACCGUCCUUUCUACAGCGGGGUCUCUCAUGGGGGAUCCAGACUCGCCGCCAUUCAACGGAGACGUCUACCCACGCAUCUGGUUCGCCGGCGAAUUGCCACCCGAAGGGCAGCCACCGACGACCGACAUGCCGUCCGACUGUCCGGACGAGUCCGCGUCAAUGAAAGUCGCGUCUACUCGUCGCGUCGAGAAGACAAAGAAUGCGGGCGCUUGCGAACGAAACGGCGGAGAGUCGGGCGAGAAGCCAGAUGGAUGGGUAGACGACGAGACACUCCCAGGCGACGACGAAACGUCGGCGUCGGCUGGAAUCGAGGAAGAGGGCGAAGAGGAUCCGGAGCAGAGAUUGGUGAUCGACUUUGAUGACGGAUCACUGGCUGCAGACAGUGAAAUGGACGCGAAGAGACGCAAGAGGAAAUCGUUUCGUCCUCAAAAGUAUCAGCCUGGUGCUCGACGAGAGGCGCCAGCGAUUGUUCAAGACCAUCUGGCGGGCGAAGCCGGGCAGCAGACUGGUGUGGAGGAUUGGAAAGUGACGAGUGAGUUUGAUAGGCAGAGAGAGUAUAAUCGUGAGUACAAGAGGAAGCGGCGCUCGAAUCCCGACGUUCGAGCGAAGGAGCGCGAACGUCAGAAGGAGUAUCAGAGAUUGAGAAGGUCUGACCCCACCUUCGUUGCCAUGGAGAGGCAGAAACGCAAGAACCGGCAACAGGAGAAAUGUACUGACCCGGAUCUGCUGGAGAAGAGACGAGCGAGGCAGAGAGAGUACGCGCGAGCGAGGAGGGCCAAUCCGGAGUAUGCAGCUCGAGAGCGAGAGAAGAAUAGGUUGUAUCAGAAGCAGCGACGAGAGGAUCCGGUUUUCGUCGUUCAGGAGAGAGAGAAACAGCGGCACAGACUAGAGCUGUUACGACAGAAACGAGCCAAUCCCGAGUUUGCUGCCAAGGAGAGAGAGAAAAAUCGUGAAUAUCAACGACAGAAGAGGAUGGAUUUGGCGUUUCUGGCGAAAGAAAGAGAAAAGCGAAAGGAGAGAAUAGAGACAGUUCAGAUGACCGCAGACGAACGAGCCGACCAGACAAAUGACCAAUUUAAUGUAUCACCAGAGAGGACAGAGUGUUUAAGCGAUGUCACUCACAGGUCUGAGAUUGUGACCCACCCAAUGAUAUACGGUUCGACAGCAAUAGUUGAAGGUGACAUAGAAAUUACGUACGAAACAAGUAACGUUAUUGUCAACAGUAAGAAUGAGGAAAAUAAUGCGACUGCCGGAGAUCCUCGAAGUCACUGCAAUGAACAAAUGGAGGAUUUCGAAUGUCAAAGUGGCGACAUUAUAAACAAAGAUGGCAAACACGACUCGAAUGCAAAUUUGAGCAAUAAUCCGAACAACACCAAAGUAUCGAGUUUGACAUCAAACGAGCAUCGUAAUGUGGACAGUAGCAAAUCGAACGUGCAAAGACUCAAAGAGGUGGCUGUACAGGGUCCGGUUGUGAUGGAUCGGAAUUAAGCAAGUUCACAGCUUGAAAUCAGUGGCAUUAAAAUAUGCUCAUGCAUGAGCAGACAACUGAACUAUGUGUAGAGAACUGAGAUAGACGUAGAGAGAUACUGCCAUCGAACAACCGGUCUUUUGUUUUAUGUUAUUGUUUAGAUUUAGAGAGAUGACACUGUAUACAGUAGUGCGGAAGGAACAAGAAUGCACGAUGUGAUUGUGCUCUCACUCUGUAGCCCUUGAAUAGUAGUACUGUACACAACUGAAACAAUCUGAGUCUGUUUACACUGUCUAUUGCUCGGUAGUACUAAGCAUUUGAAUGUUGAA